CCGUCACCUCCACCACCACAAGCCAUGGGAAAUUGCGGCUCAAAAAAGGCCGAGAAGACAGUCGUCGAGCCAGAGGAGCCGAAGCCGAGCGCGGUGCCUGAGGAGCCGGUGGAGGAGGAGCCGGUGGCAACGGAGAAGCCGUCGCCCGAGGCGGAGGCGGAGCCCGCGCCCACCGAGGAGGAGGCCGAGGCUCCCGAGGCCGAGCCGGAGGCCCCGAACGAGGAGAAGGUCGAGGUGUCUCGCCUGACCAAGAUCCCGGUUCAUGAUGGGGCGGUGCCGGACAUGGUCGCGGCGACCGAGAAGGACGAGUUCUACGCGCUCGUCAAGACCUUCCUCGGCUUCGAGGUCCUCGGCGACGCGAUGGAGCACUUCUCGGGCGUGCCGGCCCAGGAGACCGGCACGGUCGAGUACAUCUGGCCGGCCAAGGAGCCCAGCUGGAUCGAGAAGGUCUCGGCCUACCUCUCGCCGACCAAGAAGGCGCCGCCGCCGCCGGCCGAGGAGGAGGAGGCGGGGGAGGCCGAGGCGGAGCCAGAGGCCGAGGCGGCGGAGGCCGCGGAGGAGGAGGGGGCGGAGGCGGCGGAGGAGGAGGCGGACAAGCCGCCGCCGCCGCCCUCCCUCUUCGAGAAGGUCGCGGCCGCGCUCUCGCCUCGCAAGGAGAAGCCGCCGGCGGCAGAGGAGGCGCCGGCGGCAGAGGCGCCGGCGGCAGAGGAGGCGCCGGCGGCAGAGGAGGCGCCGGCGGCAGAGGAGGCGCCGGCGGCAGAGGAGGCGCCGGCGGCAGAGGAGGCGCCGGCGGCAGAGGAGGCGCCGGCGGCAGAGGAGGCGCCGGCAGAGGCGCCGGCAGAGGCGAAGGAGUAUGGCGUUUCGGACGUGGGCGAGGAGGAGGCGCGGCUGGAGUGGCUCAACUACUACAAGAGCUCGGGCAACCUCGACGAGGCUGCGGAGCCUCGCCGUCACCGCGGCAGAGGUGCUGCCGAGCUCGCCGUCACCGCGGAAGAGGUCGCCGAGGUGGACGCGAUGAAGGCGGCGGCGGCGCCAGCAGCGGCCGACGCAGAGGCCGAGGCGCCCGCCGAAGCGCCCUCGCCGGCCGGCGCGGACGCGCCCGAGGUAGCCCCGGCCGAGGAGAAGCCGACUCUGCUCCAGAAGCUGUCCUCCUUCCUCCCGGCGGUCCCGCAGUGCAUGCCCGGCAAGGCGGUCGACGAGUCGGCGGCGCCGCCCGCGGCGGCGGAGGAGGAGGAGCGGGCGGAGGCCGCGCCGCCGAGCAUCUCGGAUCGCAUCAACGCCAUCGAGAAAAUGGACGGCAAGGUCGCGGCGGCUUAGGCACCGCUCGGGAGGGGGCUCUCGCCCCUUCCGCCGCCGCCCACCCGAUGUGUUUGUAUACCCCCCCACGACGCCCCUCCACCGCCGAGGCGUCGCUGUCGCACGUCGGCCGCGACGCCGCGCCCUCCUCGCGCCGCCUCUGCUCGAGGCAUGGAGGCGAGGGCGGCCUUCCGGUCACUGAUGGCAUGUGCGAGCGCACCAGGCCGCUUCGGCGCCCCCUUCCUCUCCUCUUCUCUGUACAAUGUUCCUACCCGUUCGCUCGACGCCGGCGGUGCCGCCACUUCUAUUACCGGUAUGUGGCUUCUGAAAAUUGUUGAGGCUUCUGUGGGGAGAGAGAGAUUGUGUACAGUGCCGCUCGAAAAAAGAAAGAAA